GAACUAACAGUCUCGUUGCUGGCGGAGCUUAUAACGAGAAACGAAGCAAUUAGAGUUAUCAUAUUGAAUUCCGAUCCACAGCUUGAGAUCUUCUCAAGGUUGUUGAGGAGCACUAGUUUAUUCCUAAAGGCUGCAGUUUUGUUGUGUCUGGUUAAGCCAAAUGCAAAGCAGAUGAUAUCGGCUGAAUGGGUCCCAUUGGUUCUUCGCGUGUUGGAAUUUGGAGAUCAAUCCCAGACGUUAUUUAGUGUUAAGAGCAGUCCUCAAGAGGCUGCUUAUUACUUCUUGGAUCAACUUCUUACGGGUUUUGAUGAAGACAAGAAUUUGGAGAAUGCCAGACAAAUUGUUUCUAUUGGAGGGCUGAAUUUAUUGGUCAAGAGAGUCGAUCUCGGUGAUAUUAAUGAGAAGAACCGAGCAGCUUCGGUUAUACUUUGUUGUAUACGAGCCGAUGGAAGCUGUCGACACUUUUUAGCGAAGAACUUGAAUAAGGGUGCUGUUCUUCAACUUCUUCUUCAUGGAAAUCAGAUUUUUCAAUGUCAUGCUCUUACUCUAUUGACUGAGUUACUUUGCCUUAAUAGGACGAGCGAGAAAACAAAUUUCUUACAUGGAUUGCUAAGCGGGUGUUGCAAUUUAAACACCAUGCACAUCUUGUUCAUCUGUCUCCGGAAAGCUCGUAUUGAAGAGCGACCCAUCGUCGCUUCCUUGAUGUUGCAAUUGGACCUUCUGGGAGAUCCUGUGCAGUGCAGCGUUUACAGGAAAGAAGCGGUUGAUGCGCUGGUAGAAGGUUUGGAUUGUCGGGUUUGUAACGAGAAAGUGCAAGAACAAUCUGCUAGAGCAUUAUCAUUGUUAGAAGGACAUUUUACUUAUGCUGGAGAAGCAAAUGCAGAACAAUGGCUUUUGAGACAAGCAGGAUUUGAUUAUGAUUCUGUAGACUCGUCUCACAGGAAAGACUAUUUCAUUGCAGAUAUGUUGCAUACGAAUGAAGAGGAUGAAGCUUUACAGAAAUGGCAGAGAGAAGCAGCAACCGCAUUGAUAAACUGUGGGAGCAAUAGAUUAUUGGCUGCACUUUGUGAUUCUGUAAGUAAUGGAAUCCCAUGUUUAGCUAGAGCGAGCAUGGUGACGAUUUCAUGGAUGAGCGGUUUUGUUCACUGGAUAAGUAGUAGAGAUGUUAAGGCAACGUGGUGUUCGACGUUGAUCCCUCGGUUGGCACAAUCUUUGAGUCGCGAUAAGGCUAUAGAGGAAAGGGUUCUUGCAUGUUUGUCGUUAGUUUCAGUGAUGAAGAUUGCAGAUUGUGGGGAUAUGAUGUUUCCAAUGAGUAAAGAAGAUGUAAUGGAGAGUUUAGGCGAGCUUUUGCCAUUGACAUGGACAGCUAAAGAGCUCAUUUCCAUGGUCACACAAAGAUGAUGAUCAUCAUAAAUAGGUUUCUUACUUUCUUCUUCUUCAUUAAUAUAUUACUUCCUUUCUUUCGACUGCCAUUUUGUAUGCAGUCUUGCUGUGAAUGAGCAAUUCAAUAAUGUAACCCAAAAAUAUUACUUUUUACUUUAUAUUUGUAUGCCAUUUUGGUCUUUUA